AUGAUGAACCAGCUGCCGUCCUUCCUGCAGCCUGCCGUCCGCAAGCCCCGAUAUUCAAUCCGACCAUUUUAUACCACGCUGUUGGUGUUUGCACUUAUUGGAACAGCGAAGUGGGCUAUACCUGGUACUACAAAUGAACAUGCGCAGUUUUCGCCACCGGGUACAGGGCCACAUGUAAACCUGUUCAAACGAGAGGGGGAACUAGAGUGCCGCUUGGUCCGCAACGUCGAAAAUCAGUGUGCCUACGUCCGCGCCAACUGCCCCGAUCACGAGGAUGGCCUAAUCUCGUACCUUCAAUUUUACUAUUGCGGCUUUGCCGGCGCAAAACCGGUAGCGUUCACGAUAUUGAUCCUCUGGCUAUCAAUGCUCUUCAGUACCGUCGGUAUCGCGGCAAGCGAUUUCCUGUGUAUUGAUCUGAGUACGUUGGCCAGCAUCCUAGGACUGAGCGAGAGUCUCACAGGCGUGACAUUCCUUGCAUUUGGCAAUGGAAGCCCUGACGUAUUUUCCACUUUCGCCGCCAUGCGGUCGAAUAGUGGGAGCUUGGCGAUUGGUGAGUUGAUCGGCGCGGCGACUUUUAUCACCUCGGUUGUGGCGGGCUCCAUGGCAUUAGUUCGGCCAUUCAAGGUCGCGCGAAGGAGUUUUGUCCGAGAUGUGAGCUACUUCAUAGUGGCCGUCGUUUUCAGCAUGCUGCUGCUGGCCGAUGGGAAACUCCAUGUAUGGGAGUCAGCUGCGAUGGUAGGCUUGUACGCCUUCUAUGUCGUAAUGGUGGUGACCUGGCACUGGUAUCUGGUACGACGGCGCCGAAAGAAUGAGAGAGACCUUGCAGCGCGAGCUCACUUUCAUAUACCGGAGAAUCAAGAGCUGGAGAUCGAAGAGGCCGCUGAGGACGAUGAUCCCGGUGUAGCGACAGAGUCACGAAGCCUUCUCCGCGGAGCCUCAACUGAGGAUUUUGAUCUUUUGGAGCGCGCAGAGGCUCUUCCUCUGUGGAAAGAAGAGGACAAUGAGGACGAUGAAACACGCAACCGGUACCUGGCCGAAAUCCGUGAUAACAUGCACGUUUAUCGGCCCGUUAAAUCGAGGCGUAAUACGAUGAACCCCAUUCGACCAAGUCUUGUCGGUGCAUUAGAGUUUCAAUCCGUUCUUCACUCGCUGCAAAAAUCAAGAAACACCCGUCGCAAUCCGACAAUAAGCAUGAACAACUAUUCAGAUGACGGCGACUCCGAUUUUGAUACGCGCUCGGUGGCAUCGCAUCCUCGCGCCAGUCGACCAUCUGCCAGUAACGACCGCCUGUCACCGUCCAGCGCAGCUGGUUCCUCUCGGGUUCGAGCUGUGUCGGCGAAUGAUGCCGUGGGGUUGAAAUUUGACUCUAGUGUCUUGGGACCCUCGCCAACACAAGGUCCACUGCUUACAGUGAGUAGGCCUUCUUUUGAGGAUACUUCGGGACAAGACGCCAUGGAGUCACGCCAACUCCCUCGGAUUGAUACUGAGAUGGCGCUGGAUGUGUCUUCUGCGAAUCGGUCACCGAGUCUGAGUCCCGGUACCAUAAGUCCUAAAACCCCUGACCGGCUCGCUCCAUCGGAUGCUUUUAACUUUCCCAAUUACCACAAUGGAGGGAUACAUGAACCGCCCUCGAUGUCAGUAUCCCCUAAGGGCACUGCAACCCGCCUUCAUCCAGGCUUUGGGUUAGAAAGCCCCUCAGUGCCCUUCCCAUCGUAUACUGAUUUACCGACCUUGGCAUCCUCUCGACCACCCAGCAUUCGACUGUCAAAUUCAGCCAGCCCGUUAGAACCGCUUCAAGUCCACGAUGGCUAUGAUGAUUUCGCUCAUGUAGGCCUCCCUUUCCACAAAUGCCUCGGGAAUUGGUGGCCUGACUCGAUUCCCCCUCCCCAGCAGAUUGGUUGCACACUCUUCCCAACUUUGGUGGGCUGGAAGUCUAAAAAUGUCUGGGAACGACUACUCGGUAUUAUUGCGGCUCCCAGUGUGCUGCUUCUUACCAUAACAGUCCCAGUCGUUGAGCCGGAGGCACCAGAAUCCGUGGAACCGGACCCCAUACCCUCGGUGAUCAUUCAGAACGUCGACGAUGAAGGGAAUCCCUCCCCAAGGGUUAGACUUCCAGCCGAUAGUCCAGUGAUUGUGGCUCAGGCACAUGACCACGCCGGAUCAGCUUCUACUUUGCCGCCACUGCACCCCCAUCAAAAGUCGACGUACGAAAACACUGGUCGCCCGCGAUGGGACUCGGAACUCCCGGCCGUGCCAGUGCCAGGUUCACCUCCUCUGCAUCCUGUGCCAGCAAAGGACUGGAAUCGCUGGCUGGUUUCCAUCCAGCUUUUCACAGGUCCGUUCUUCGCCGUGCUCAUCGCCUGGACGACCGUGGACGAAGAUCGUCAGCUCCGCAACCUCAUUCUUCCCUCCCUUGUAUCCCUCUUAUUCUCCUCCAUAUGCCUCACAGCAAUGAUAAUAAGCACCCGUCCUCGACGAAACCGCCAAAACCCCAGUGCAGAUCUUUCCAUCCCGCUUCUCCCCCACGAAUCCCAACUACACACCGACACUAUCCCACCGCCAUGGCGGACAUUCCUCUCCCUACUUGGCUUCUUAGUUGCCAUAGCCUGGGUCGCGACAAUCGCCACGGAAGUUGUCUCCCUCCUCAAGACCAUCGGUGUUAUCCUCAACAUCUCCGACUCCCUCCUCGGAUUGACCGUCUUCGCCGUCGGAAACUCGCUAGGCGAUUUAGUCGCUGACAUCACAAUCGCCCGACUUGGGUAUCCGGUCAUGGCCCUGAGCGCCUGCCUUGGUGGUCCCAUGCUCAACAUUCUCCUUGGUAUCGGGCUUGGUGGUCUGUAUAUGACUGUCAAUGGCGGAAACCAGAGACACGACCAGGCGCUGCAGGGUCUCGCCCCUGUGCAAGUCCACUAUGAGAUUGCCAUAUCUAAGGUGCUUGUCAUCAGCGGCGCGACACUUUUGUUUAUCCUGAUUGGGCUAUUGAUUGUUGUUCCUAUGAACAAUUGGAGAAUGGAUCGCAGGAUUGGCUGGGGUCUUAUCGCUGUUUGGUGUCUCAGUACCUUGGGUAAUGUGAUUGCGGAAGUUGUCUUGUGA